AAUUUACGAAUGGAAGCGCCAAAAAUGAACAUAGACGGUCGUUAAGCAUCCGUGUGUACGCUUUAAUCUCGGCAUCUGCGACCACUCGUUUUUUUAAUGGUACCCGAACUCGACGAUUUCUUGAUCUAUAAGAAUGGCGAGGAUUUAGCGAAGAAUGAGAAAAUCGAUUGCUUAUCGGUUUUCGGUGGUUUGGAACCGCCGGCGAAAACUCGACGGAAGCCGCAUCACGAAGAGGCACGGGAGUGCGCGUGCUCGUUUCACGCGCGACGCUUCCGGCUACCCAGUCUGAGCGAAACAAGAGAUAAAUAGAUCGACGGUCACCGAUAAAAAAGAGCGUUGACAUAGGAGGGAAAGCGACGGAACGGGCAAAAGAGGAGAGACACCCAGUACGCACAUAAUGUACGAGUCCUGAGAGGAGUUGGAGUCCCUCCCGGAGGCGCGGCGCCGCGCCGCGCCACGGCACGACGUUGCGACUAUAAGUAAGUCUCGCGCGGCGCGCCGCGGUUUAAUGCCGUUGCCGCGUUCGUGGCGCCAAGAGGAGGGCCCAUUGGCGACGAUAAGCCUCCUUCGUGUCCGGCACGAACGAGAAAAAGAAAGAGAGAAAAACAGAGAUAGACGCACAGCAGCCAGCUUUCACCCGCGUUUCAGCAGCGAAUACACAUAUACUAUACCCCGCCGGGGUGUGGAUCGCGACAGUGUAGAUAAUACGUGGCUGUCAGUCGUGUCUGACCAGUGUCAGUCCGCAGUUAGUGUCGGUGGAACAGUGGUCCGUGUGUCUUUUCGCAAAGGUACUGAUUUACACAGCCGUGUCGUAACCGUAGAGUUUUCAACCCCUCUCGUCUAGCCUCUGUUCCGUACGUGCGUUUCGUCGCGUGUUUUUAGCUACCGUCGGAGACACCGAUGGUCCCUCUAGACGAAUAGCGCGUGACAACGGUUCGUCGUUCGAGUUCACCAACGAGACGAAUUCCUUUCUAACGUAUGACCGGUGAGAGAUCGAUAUAAACAAAAAAAAAAAAAAAAGGAAAUAGAAACACUGUGUGAUCAACGGCGUUUUGUGUCAGCUGUGGACUCGCGUUCGGUAUCGAGGAGGAUCGGUGUAUGGUGUCAGUGAUAGAUAUACAGAGGAUCCGAUAGAAAUCGGGUGGUUCGAGAACGAGGGGGCGCGCAUGGUCGGUGCGGCCCGUGGAGAGAUCACCCCCUGUCCUGAACCGCGGACCUUUCUAUUGGCCGUUUGGAUGGUGAUCGGUGCGGUCGCGUUUUAACGUUCGAACGACCAUGUCGGGUCUGUUUUACACGCUUCUAGGGCUGGCGGCCAGCACGAGCCUUCACUGCGCUGUCCGCCGUGAGAUAAGCCCGUGCACCUGCCGGCAGGAGGAGUUCUCUAGUCCCGUUAUCAACCCGGCCGCGGCCGCGGCGGCGGCCGCCGCUGCCGCCAACACCGGUAACAAUGCCGGCCACCACGGCCACGGGGAACGAAUCGAGGUCGUUUGCGAGCGCAUGGAUUCCUUCGAGCAAGUGGCAGGGGCGUUGAGGGGGAAGUUCACCGCAGAACAGCAAAUUACCCUGCGUGUCUCCCAUUCGAAUCUCAGGGAUAUAUCGCGUCACGAUUUCAAAGAGCUGCGGAUGUCCAUUACCAGGCUCGAGCUCAACCACGAUCAUCUAGGGUUCGUAGACGGCGAUGUUUUCACGGGGUUAGGAAGAACACAGUAUCUUAGUCUCGCGGAUAACGAGGUACCAUCUAUACCGCGACACAUUCUGUCGCAUCUCUCGUUGCUGAGGACCCUAGAUCUCAGCAGAAAUCGGAUAAGCCGUAUAGACUCGGAUGACUUCAAGUACAAUCCGACGCUGCAGCAUCUGUCUAUGGCCGGAAAUGCGAUUUCGGAAAUGGUCCCGGGCUCGUUACCGCCGUUAGUGAAGCACCUCCACGUCGGCCGCAAUCACUUGCAAAGCCUGAAUCGAACUUUACGAGAUUUGAAUCAGCUGGAGUGGUUGCUAAUUAACACCAACGAGCUGACAUCCUUGGACGGCGAGCUACCGUCCUCCGGGCAUAACUUGAAGAUGCUCUACGCCGUGGACAAUAAACUGACUCACUUGCCAGCGGAGUUCCGCUACCUGCAUCGUUUGGAGACCCUGUUCCUUCAGUACAAUAAAAUUCGUAGCCUGGACGGCACGUUGCAGAAAGCUCGACGACUGAAAUUUCUCGAGCUGUCGUACAACGAUCUGCAAGAGUUGACCGAAGAGGAUUUCCUAGAGGCGGAACUGCUGGAAGACCUCGAGCUCGGACACAAUUCUCUGAAAUCGUUGGGCGGCGCAGUCGGUGCUAACGGCGAUGGAAACGGGGGCAACAGUGUCCUUUACCCCCUUAGGUCUCUGAAGAGCUUAAACUUGACGCACAACGAGCUUCGCGAGUUCUCCUUCGCGUCGCUUCGUGGUUUGCGCGAGUUGCGAUUGCUCGAUCUAUCGAACAACAAAAUCGCGCGGCUCCACAAAGGAAGGACACCGUCCGAGAAUUUAGUAGAGGAAGAAGGAGAGGAAUCGGCGGGUGGCAAUAUCCAAGAUAUGCGACUACAGCACAACGAAUUACGGAGUUUGGACGGGUCGUUGUUUUUGGGAAUGAAGGAGCUGCAGAGGCUGAAUCUCAGUCACAACGCGCUGGGCCCGACAAUCGGGCCGCGCGAUUUACGGGGCCUGGACGGCCUUAAGGUACUCGAUCUAUCUCACAAUGAACUCACCACUCUCGAGGACACGUCAGAGACGUGGCUACCAUCCCUGGAGGAACUGAACGCGUCUCACAACCGCCUAGUGACGUUGUCCGAAAGGGACUUCCGUGGCUUUCCGGUUCUCUGCUGGGCGGACGUAAGCGCGAAUCGGAUACGCACCCUCAUGCCAGAACUGGUUAUGAACACGCGCUGUACUGUUCACGGAGUCCAGGACGUACUGCGUAUAUACCUCCAAGAUAAUCCGGUGCUGUGCGAUCCCGGACUCGCGGACCUGACCGUGGCUCUCGAGGUGAAUCACGCGAAGGUCUACGGAGUUGCGAACGACUGCCCGACCACCGCCUCGACACCGACCGAGCAGACGUCGCCGCUACCACCGUUACCGCCGACGCUGCUGUUGGCGGCCGCGGCGGCCGCUUCCGGCGGAAACGUCUCCUUCGCCGCGACCCUCGAGUAGACGGCUCGGAAACGCGGAGGAUCGUAAGCGAUCGAGCUGGCAAAAGAAUGUUCGAAGAGGCAAGAAAAGUGAACCGUGAAGCAGUUCAUUCGAUUCACGGGCCGUACGGGGAACGGUGAAACUCGUGACGUUCCGUUGGUCAUCGAGGUGGACCGAAAAGUGCAUGAAACGAGGCGGUCGUGGAUCUUGGUGCAACCCCGCUUCACGUUCGAGACGGGCGUUUUAGUUCAUACGUUCGAUCCGUUUGCCUGAAUUUCCGCGAGAUACAGUACUUCCUCUCUUAUACUCAUUACGCGGCCGGGGGACGUGCAGGAACCGAGGAUUGAUCGAUAACCAAGGUCUCCGAUCCUACAAAAUAUGUUCGAGAUUAGAGGAAUUGAUGAAAUUGAUCUCAAAAUAAAGUAAAUUUAUCGUACUUCAAACGUACACAUUUAUUUUUCUACAUAAUCACCAUUUUAUAAGGCACAUUUUUUCCAAACGAUCUAUCCAGUUUUUUCAUUCCGUCCACGAAGAAACGUUCUGGCUUGCUCUUGAAAAUCUUUACCUUUGAAUACCUUUCACGGCUUUGAGAACAAGAAGACCGACGAUGCCCGAUUAGAAUUCCACAGGGAACUGAAAGUUUACACGUUCAGAUUGAACGCUCGAGGUUAACAAACGCGUGUUAGAAUUUGUUUGUAUCUCCGUUACUUGCAUAAUAGCGUCGUCGAAGGCUUUAGUUAUCAAACGACCCUCGCGCGUCUUCCGCAAACUGUCCUCUAACGAUCGAAGGCGUCGUACGCGAUUUACAGUGGCAAGGUCUUAUAUCCCUUUCCUGAAACACAAGUUUUCACUUAUCUUAAUUUUGUUCUAGAUUUGUUUAUCAGUGAGCUUGUAACGUUUUCAAAUCGUUUCCAGUUUGCCACAAUAGUUGUCUGUUUCGCAUCCAUCUAAACGAAUUAAGUAUAAACGUUAGACCAUCGUCACAUUAUGUGGAAAACUGUGGCCUGUUAAAUAUAUUUUGUUGUUACAUAAUUGAAAAAUUACUGAAAAUGUAACGUGGUCUGCGGUGGAUGGUUUUCGAACCGAAUGGUAAUAACGAUCGUGUUGAGAGAGGAAUUACUGUAUCUUGAAAACGUUGUAUAAUAGGAGACGACACGGAUGCUGGUCGAGCAUCAUCGAACAUCGACGUGAUUUGUUCACGCGCGAUCAAUUCUAUCGAUCGACGGCUGACGAUCGUUCGGGGGUAGAAAUCAGCACUCGAUCGAUAAACACGCACGCUAGUAGAUAUUAAGUGACGAAAGAUAUAUAUAUUUAUUUUUAACAAGCUUCGAUCACAUAUCAUGAGAGUGUGAUUUCCUUUGUAUCGCGGGGCUACGAUUUCCGGCAUGAGGCGCGGAAGAAACGGUGCCCAGGACACGAAAGGAUCCGUACCGGAAAGGAGACAGUUCGGAUCGAGUGAGAAACGCAGAGAGUGAACGAAGAAUGAGCAAUUAACGCGAAAUCAUGGUCCCGUUGUAUGAGUCUAGAAACGAACUGCUGGAAUCUCUAUUUUGUAAUAGGUGACAUUACUACGCUGUAAAUAGUCAUUAAUACCGCUACUUCUUGAAUGCCAUAUGCCGUGUUAACGGCAGAUAAGCAUCCUCUUCGAAUUCGACUUCACGUGUACCAUUCAUUUCCGCUAUUAUUUCUUCUUUUUUUUUAAUUAUUAUUAUUAUUAUUAAUAUUAUUAAUAUUAUUAUUAUUAGCAUCUGUCGGAACAAUCAUAAACGCGUAACACGAAUCGCGCGGACAAUAUGUCGUAAGAAAUUUGGUAGAAAUCAUCGUUAAUCAAAUCAUCGUUAAUCAUCCAUGCUUCAAAGUAUUAUCCAUAACGCUUGCGCGACGUAUCGUGUAUCAUGAUCUUCGUGCUCCCGAUCGCAUAUUAGAUUAUUCGUUAAUAGUAUCGGAUGAUACCGACUGAGAUCUAGCGUGCGAUGAUAAUGUGUAAGAUAUAUUAGAUAUGAUCUUUAUUGGUAAAUGCACAAUGAUGUCACGGUUUUGUUUGUUUUCUUUUUUUUUGCUUAGGAAAAAGAAUUUUCGAUUUAACGAGUCAUUCGCUAGAUUGUAAUCGUAUCGAAGUCGAACAGCACCGGCAAUGUGGAUACGACUAGCGCAUUUUCACAUCAUGGUAAUCCAUCGAUUCUCAUCGUCGACGCUUCGAUCUUCAAUUAAAUUCUUGAAUGAUCGAGUAAAUGAACGAUCGGGCGGGUCAAUAGUGUAAGUGAAAUCUGUUAACUUACGUUGUGUACGCGAUAUGGGCUGAUUGGCAGUGGGCGAUCAAUUGACCCUCUCGUUAACUUGUGCCAAUAGGGAUGAAUUGUUAUCAACGUGCUUCUACGCAUACAUAAUCAAUUGGCCCUUUCCAUGUAUGAAUAAGACGCGCGGAUAUUUCGUACAUAACUGCAUUAAUAUCUAAAUUAAUGUAACGCGAACCACAGAUAAGAAAAAAAAACAAAAUUCUGUUUCAAAGCCUUUGAACAGUGGAGGAAUUCUAACGAAACAAUUUGUUAUUAUUACCACUCAACGCUUGAUUAUAUUUCCAAAUAAAAGAUCGAUAGAAGUUUAAACUUUCAAAAUAUUUAUAAUGAAUGCAGUAGAAAACAAUAUUAAUAAAACAUUAUUUGAAUUUUGUUCAUAAUAUUGUGGUUUAGUUUUAUUUCUUUAUCUAUGAAGUCACGCGUUCGUACAAAACGUUAUUUUAUAUUUCUCUUUCGUGUAAAAAUCAGAUAAAGUUAUAAAUAUAUAUAACUUUCUAAUAUGUGCGAAUAAACAAGUAACGCCGACUGCUAGUUUCAUUAGCUAGGGCUCGAAAACAAAAUAGUUUAUCAGUUAAGUAUUUUAAAUAGGUGAAUUAUAAACACUGCGAGAAAUAAAAAAAACAAAUUACCGAGUAUUAGACGAUAUUUAUAGUACUUGUUCGGUAAAUGAGUAAACAUUUAUUUAAAGUUUAGCAAAAUUGACAGCGCCGAACAGGAUAAACGAUUGUUUUACUCCGAACAAAGUUUAUUCUUGCAUAUCUAUAGGACAGAUAUAAUUACGAAUAUAUCUCUUUAGGUGCCAUAUAUAAAUAGAAAUCAAAUGGAGACCUGUUUGUAAUUUUAGUAACUAAGUAAUUUAUCCACUCUGUGAUUAGCAGUUUACUGUUUAUAACAUAAACUGUAAGCAGGUAGUACAUCAAGACAUGCGACACAACAUAUGUAACAAUACCAGAAGAUUACUGUACUAAUGAUAAAUAUUAUAUUUUAAUAAGAUCAUACCAAUGUUAAGUCUGCGAUGUAUAGGGUUACAAAUUCUAUGUAUG